AUGGGUGAAGAAGAAAGUCCACAAAUUACCAGAAGAACCACAAGAGCAUCCUCUUCCAACCCCAAUUUGAACAGUGCAGCUGAAACAGUACUUCAUAAUUGCAAUUCCCAACCUCUAACACACAAUGACCUCAUAUAUGGAGAUGAACCCAUAAGCUUUGAUGAUUUGAUUUGUAGUUUUCCUGGUAGGCGAAUUCAAAUCCUUGAAUUACUGCAGCUCUUGGGUCCCUUGAAUUCUCCAGUGAUUCCUUUAUUUAUUUAUGGAGGGGCAUGCAGAGGGAAAACAAGCACAGUUCUUCAGAUUUUCAGACACCUGAAUCGACCAUUUGUGUAUUCGAGUUGUCUUACCUGUUACAGUCCUCGAAUAUUAUUCGAGUCUAUCUUGAACCAACUCUUGCUUCAUAGGAAACAUGAAGGCAAUGGUUAUUCAAGUGCAAAGCGCUGUGAAAGGCCUUCUGAAUUUGUUAAUUUAUUAAGGGAAGCAUUGGGAAAUAUAAUUAAUAGUCUGAAGGGGAAUAUGGGAAAAUCUAACUCAAAGAAGCUAGUGGGACAAGCGAAAGGGCAGAUUAUCUAUUUGAUAUUCGAUAAUUUGGAGCUUGUUCGGGACUGGGAAAAGAGUUCUAAUAUAUUGCCUUUUCUGUUUAUGCUCUAUGAUAUUAUGAAGAUGCCUGAGGUGGGUCUCAUUUUUAUAAGUAACACCUCGCCGGACACAUAUUACUUCAACACAGGGUAUACAGAGCCUGUCCCUCUUUAUUUUCCUGAAUACACAGAAGAUGAUCUUCGCCAAAUCUUGAUGAGAAAUCAAUGCAACCCAAAACUUUAUUCCUCAUUUCUCGAUGUGCUACUGAGGCCUUUCUCUCGAAUUACAAGACGUGUUGAUGAAUUAUCUACUGCCUUUCCAGCAUUAUAUAAAAAAUAUUGUGAACCAUUGAGUGACUUGGGCAUUUUUCCUAAUGAAAAAAUAAAAAGAAUGUUGUUUAGUCAUCUUCAGCCACAUAUUGCGCCUUCCCUGAAUGAGAUUUUUAGGGUUGAAGCUGGACAUAACAAGGACAAAGCCAAGGGAAAGGGCAAUGCAAGGAAAGCAGGAGUUUCUGAAGCCUCUGAUGAGGUAGAGUUUCAUAUGUCCACUUCUGCAAAGUAUCUUCUUAUAUCUGCAUUCCUUGCUUCGAGAAACCCUGCUACUCUUGAUGCCUCUCUGUUUGAUCCUACUGGGGGUUCUGAUAAUCGAAAAAGAAAGAGGAAGAGCUCUGUAAAAUCGGUGGAGCAGAAGGAAACUGCAGAACAAGAGUUACUAAUGAAGGGACCUGGAACUUUCCCAUUGGAAAGGUUAUUAGCCAUAUAUCAGUGUCUCACAUCUGUUGAAGAGUGUUCGUUUGAUGAAGAACAGGGAACUGAUGGCUUAGGAUGUGAAAAUGGAGAUAGUGGAUUGAUGUCCGACAUUCUUUUGCAACUAUCCAGUCUCUGCAGCGCUAAUUUUAUGAGCAAAGGAGGAAGUUGUCCAUUGGAGGGCUCAACUCGGUACCGAUGCACAGUGAGUGAAGAUAUGGCUUUGAAGGUAGCAAGGAGCCUGAAGUUUCCUUUGUCAAACUGGCUAGUCUUCCUAUUAUCCAGGGGCAAGUUUGCUUACACUGUUUUAGAGAGCGUGUUCUGCAAUAUUCAGAGCUAUGCUGUUGACUUUUGUUUUAGGAUAAAACCAGUUGCAGUGUGGUUGACUUUUGGUACUCUGCAGUCUGCAUUGAAGCGAGUCAAACCCAUUGGUGGUGAAACUUAG